AUGCCAAGAUAUCGCAAAGCUAAUGUCUUGUGGUGGGACAGUUCUUCAAUGUACAUCCGCUGUCCCCAUUGCAACGACAUCCAUCGGCAUACCUUUAUUGGGGAUUAUCAAGAUGAACAGUACCGCGUACCGCACUGUGGACAUCGCGAAGAUUACAGGAUUUGCUUCCCACGCAAUGGUCAAUAUGAGAUCGACAAGAUCAGGGGUUUCUAUGUCCGGGCGGGAGUCGAUCCGACCGAAUAUUCCGCGAGAUUCGAUCCCGCUGAGACGGUGGAUGUAAGCCACAAACGCAAAUGGUACGAAGCAAAAGAAGAAGUCGAGAUGGACGAAUAUCAUCGCCAUAAACUUCAGCAACUCUUCUGCAGUCUUAACCUGGGACCUAUUCAAGAAGUUGAGCACGUCAACAGACUUCAAUCUGCGGUAUCAGACAUGAUUGGGGGCAGGGUUGAAGCCGUACGGUCCUACCUCGAGACUUCGCGCGAGAAGGACAUCUUUCUUCAUGGCGUGAAGGCUUCACAAGAUUGCCAGUACGAUAUUGACGAGUGGGAUGCAUACCAAGACCUCCUCAAGAGCGGCCAAGCUGGGGACCUGGAGCCGCCUGAGAAGAGGAUUGUUGAGACGUCGACAUCUGGUGUUACGGCUCUGCACAUGGCUGCCUGUGAGAAGUACCCAGAGAUGGUGAAGCUGCUACUUGACUAUGGUGCCGAUCCGAACGCAAGGACGGUGAAUGGAAGGACCCCAUUGAUGGAAGCGGCUCUUUGGGGACGUUUGGAUAAUGUCAAACAUCUUCUAGAUCAUGGCGCUGACAAGUCUGUGCAAUGCGUGCAAAAGGGAGUGAAGCAUCGAGCCAUUGAUUUCGCCAGGUACAACAAGGACAAUCAUAAGGAGCGAUACGACCGGUCCGGUGGGAAGCAUCAAGUCUAUAAGGAAGUCACGUACGAAAGAGACGAAGAACGUGAGGCUAUCGUCCGGGAGCUGAGUGACGAAGCUGCAGAUGAUGACGAUUAUGGCCAGGCUUCCGUCUUGCGCCUUCAGGGGUUUGCUUCUACUACAGUGAUUGAUGGAGGGGCUAUCAUCUCUAUGCUUGCCAACUUUGAUGUUCCUCGCAAGAACAAGACGAUAGGUAUCCUCUUCCGGAGUGAUUCGAACGACACAUCGGCUUUUCCACCCACUGCUGCCAUGAGUGGAUGGUCGCACGAGCCGAAUUCGGAUCUCAAUGUGCAGAUAGCGGGUAGGGAAUGGAUAAAUGAGGUGUUUUACCUAUGCCAGAUUACUGGACAUCGGCUGCCUGAACGCAUGAAGCCUGAUCAAGGCAGACCUGGGCAGUUUUAUGCUUGCCACGCAGAGAAGCAGUUGAUUGCGUACCUGGUAAGCAGGCAUGUGUUUCUUCCGCAUGAUAUCGAAGAAGAGGACUUUGGGCUCGCGAAUCUAAGCCUGAAUGAAUUUCAAGACGACCAGAGCCCUCGGCAAAGGGUUAGGGAGCUUAAGAAUAUUGAGCCUCCACAGAGACUUAAAAAUGCCGUGAUCUUCGUGACUCGUGCGGUGUGCGACGACUGCCGUGUCUUUGCUAAACGUAUCAAUGAGACAUUGGGGCUGAAUAUAGAGCUCGUUCUUUCGCAGCUAGCAGCUGUUAGCCUCGUUUUUGUGCUACAGCUUUGCUCUUCAGACGCUGCCGGCCAGCCCGACGAGUGCCGCCGCAGCGCUGUUGGCAGUGGCAGCUCUUCAGGUCUCUGCGACUUGCUAGUUCGCAGCAGCUACAGAGGCUGGCUGACGCCCCUCUCCGGACCCGCCGGCGUCCAGAAGCGGCAUCAGCUUCUCCAGGUCUUGGUCGUGCUGCUUGCAUGUCGUAUGGAUGGAGUGCCGCCGUGCAUGUACUGGGGAGGUCGUGGUACUGCAGAGUACAGUGCAGACACUGUAGCAGUGGCAUCAGAAGUUAGCAACAGAAGCAAGGAGCAGAAGCAGCAGUAG